UGUUGCCCGAGGGCACCACGUUGGUGACCCCUGGUCUAGUCUCUCAACUUUAUGCACCGUAAUUCAACAGCUAUUUGCACUACUGCUGUACAUCAUUAAUGUUGUCCUGAACACUGCUGUAUGUUUCUAUAUGCACUAUUGGUUGGAUGCUGAGUGCAUUUCAUUUGUCUCUGCACUCUGUCCAUGACAAUAAAAGUUUAACCUGGGCUUUUUUUUUUUUCUAACCUAAUAAAUGCUCACACGUACAGAUUUAAUGGUGGGCUGUAGUGGAGGAGGUUUAACAGGCAUGCAUUAGCACGCCAUGAGAAGGAGAAAAAGGCAUCUUAUACAGGAUAAUCCAUAUAUCGAGCGUAUGUUCAGUAUAGUCUCCCUGCGGCUUCCUACUCUUUCAUUGCAUCUCUCUCUCUCUCUUCCACUAUCCCCCUCUUUUUUCCCCUCCGCUUUGUAUUGGAACAUCCGGGUCUUUCCCGCUGGCUCGGCGCCGCUCCGCUCUCCCCGCAGCAGAAGCCAUUUUGGACUCAGUUCAGUUUCUCCGCGUGUCAGUACGGGACCGUGUCCGUCAUCACGGCCAAGGAAGGAAACCCGCAAACCGAGGGGAGAGCGUUAGCGAGCGCGUGGCUUGUUUCUUGUCCUCUUUAUUUGUUUUUGUUUAGUUUUUUUUCCCCCUCCUCUCUUGUCGUAGUACAGUGUUUCGUGUUGGCGCUUUGAGCGUGCAUGCAUGUGCGCGCGCGCGUGUGUGUGUGUGUGUGUGUGUGUUGCGCGCGCGCCCCCUCCAUGGAUGUGUCCGUCUUCUGAAGUUAACCGCGAGCUCGUGCGCUGCCGGGUUUUUUUUUUCUUUUUUUUUCUUUUGGGCUCGCGCACUCCACACGGUGUACAGGCAGGAAAGGCAGGCCGCUUCUGGGGUUGUGUGCCGGCUGGGUGUUUCUUUGUAUCCGUGUGUAUGAGUGUGUCCCCCCUCUUGUGCUCAGUGUUUAAAUGUUACUAACGAAGGGGAGAUUAAAAGAGCAAAAUCCGCUGCGCUGCUUUUCCAAAAAGAGGAAUAUGAUCGCACCCUGGCUGACUUUUGCACUUCUUUUGGGAACUUUUGGUGCAGUACCCAGCCAUGGAGAGGUGGAGACGAGAGAGUGUUUGUACUACAACAUCAACUGGGAGAUUGAGAAAACCAACCAGAGCGGCGUGGAGCGGUGCGAAGGCGAGAAGGACAAACGCUCGCACUGCUACGCUUCGUGGCGAAACAACUCGGGAACCAUCGAGCUUGUGAAGAAAGGGUGCUGGUUGGAUGACUUCAACUGCUAUGACAGGCAAGAGUGUGUGGCCACGGAGGAGAACCCUCAGGUGUUCUUCUGUUGCUGUGAAGGCAGCUUCUGCAACGAGAGGUUCACCCACCUCCCUGACGUGAGCGGACCAGUAAUCGAGCCCCCUCCUGCUGCACCCUCUCUGCUGAACGUGUUAGUGUACUCCCUGCUCCCAAUCACCAUGCUGUCCAUGGCUCUGCUGUUGGCCUUCUGGAUGUACCGUCACCGCAAGCCACCCUACGGCCAUGUCGACAUCAAUGAGGAUCCAGGUCCAGCGCCUCAGUCUCCUCUGAUUGGGCUGAAACCCCUGCAGUUGCUGGAGAUUAAGGCUAGAGGGCGCUUUGGCUGUGUGUGGAAAGCCCAGAUGAUGAAUGAAUAUGUAGCUGUGAAGAUCUUCCCCAUUCAGGACAAGCAGUCAUGGCAGAACGAGCGAGACAUUUUCACCACGCCGGGAAUGAAGCACGAGAACUUGCUGCGAUACAUCGCUUCUGAGAAACGUGGGACCAGUCUGGAAAUGGAGCUCUGGCUCAUUACUGAGUUCCAUGAAAAGGGUUCUCUGACUGAUUAUCUGAAGGGCAGCGUUGUUAGCUGGAAUGAGCUAUGCCACAUAGCGGAAACUAUGGCUUGUGGCCUGGCCUACCUUCACGAAGACGUACCACGAUACAAAGGAGAAGGCCCUAAACCUGCUAUUGCUCACAGGGACUUCAAGAGUAAAAAUGUUAUGCUGAAGAACGAUCUGACUGCUGUUAUUGGUGACUUUGGGCUGGCGGUGAGGUUUGAGCCGGGAAAAGCUCCAGGAGACACUCACGGCCAGGUUGGUACACGGAGGUACAUGGCACCUGAGGUGCUGGAGGGAGCCAUUAACUUCCAGAGGGAUGCAUUUCUGAGGAUAGACAUGUACUCCAUGGGACUCGUGCUCUGGGAGCUGGUGUCCCGCUGCACAGCCGCUGACGGUCCAGUGGACGAGUACAUGCUGCCCUUCGAGGAGGAGAUCGGACAGCACCCGUCCCUGGAGGACCUGCAGGACGUCGUAGUACACAAAAAGAUGCGGCCCGUGCUGAAGGAGUGCUGGCUUAAACAUCCUGGACUGGAGCAGCUGUGCGAGACGAUAGAGGAAUGCUGGGACCACGAUGCAGAGGCUCGUCUCUCAGCGGGCUGCGUAGAAGAACGUCUCUCUCAGAUCCGGCGCCUCGGCAGCGGCCCUGCCUCCGACUGCCUCAUCUCUGUGCUCACCUCCGUUACCAACGUGGACUUAGCACCCAAAGAGUCCAGCAUCUGAGAACGAGCGGCAUUGGGGAUUUAAUAGAAAAAACUCGUAAAAUGAAACCCGAAGCGAAAGAAACAACCUUCGUCUUUCCAGACUCAGCGGAUCUCAGACAACAAUGAAUGCAGCUGCUAUUUUAUCCUGACAUUUUUUAAAUUAAUUAUCAUUAUUGUUAUUAUUAGUAUGAUUAUUAUUCUGAUCGGAUCAAUACUACCAGCACACUUCGCUACUGUAUUUUUAUCAAGAGAGGAAACACAAAAGUUUAAAAAUUAAACAAACAAAAAAAAAAAAUCAGAAAAAAAAAAAUACAAAACAGCAUAAGGACAUCUCAGAGCGCAUUCAGGUGCCGACUUAUGAAUGCUGACAAGAUGCAGGUACCUCAACUGUUUCAGUUCAGUGUUUUUUUUUUUUUUUUUUUCUUUUUUUUUUUUCUCUUUAUAUUCUUAUUUUUCUGUCUUCUGGACAGGCAAAACCAACCAACACAUCAAGCAACCAUUCACUAUGUUGGAAAAUACAACAAUGCUGCAAAACCUGAGAGGAACAUUUAUGACUGUUACAUUAACCUUCCUCAAGGGAUUUUUAUUUCCGAUUUUUUUAAGAACUUUUCCUCUCUCUGACUGUGUGCUAUUCAAAUUCUACGGAAAACGUGUCUUUUACGGAACUAACGGGUGUCUCUAGAACACAACAAAAUGUGGAAGACAACUGGAUUGUUUAUUUUUUUUGUUUGUUUGUUGGUUUUAUUUUCUUCAUUUGGUUCUGUGCUGUUGAAGCUGGCAACUGUGAAGAGGGGGUCGGUUCAGAAUUUUAUCAUGCGGAAACAAGAAUUUAGGUUAGAGAAAUUGGCUUUGCAUUUUAGAGAUAGCGGACGAGGAGAGGAUCUGGAUAACGUGUUUUGUUUGGUACGGAAUUAUUUCUCAGGUAACCAGUUUGGGUCAGGGUGUCAGGGGCGGGGCGGGGAUUUGUUGGGUGGUUGACUGCCAUUUAUCCCUAGUAAACAGAAGGAGAAAUGCUGAGGGGUCGGUUUUAACCCUAAAGAAAUUUAACACUAAAAUGUUCAUGCAAGACCAUGAUUUGAGUGUAUGUGUGUGAGUGUGAGAAUAUGAAUGAAUCUAUGAGUUGUGUGUGUGUGUGUGUGUGUGUGUGUGUGUGUGUGUGUGUGUGUGUGUGUGUGUGUGUGUGUGUGUAUGUAUAGUCUAGAGAGACCUUAUGAAAGGUUUGGCCCAAGUGGCCUUCAAAAUAUAUAUAUUUUUUUUCUUUGCAAAGUCCACGCACAUAUUGGAUACCAGGAUUUAAGGACCUUGACUGAAACAGCAGACUCAUGAUCGUUUAGAAAGCUUGUUUUUGCAAAUCUGAGAGAUUAGAAGGAUUUCGAUUUAUCGACUCUCAAGUGUGUCCCUUUUGCUUAUUAUCAGUAUCUCAGAGGGACCAAUUUUUAAGAAUUGGAUCUUGUGGGUCCUACAUUGUAGAUACUACACUUACAGCGCAAUAGGCAUGACAUUCAGCCCAGUCUUUUAUUAAGAGUGACUGAAACGCAUUUGCUCAAGAGAGAGAGAAAGAAAUAAAAGCAGGAACCCUUGUUUUUGUCUUAAAAGUGGCCACAGUUCACAUUUCUGUUUGCCACAGUAUAACCCAUGAAUGUCCACAAUGCUGCUGUUUCCACUCAAAGCUGAAAUAUUUCUGUAUAUUUUUUAUUUUCAAUCCAUUUCUUCUUUGCAUUACACAUGCGACUUCUCAGUAGAACUCAUUUUCCAAAUGCAACGCAACAUUAAAAAAACGACAAGGCUUCCGAGAAGAACGAGCGCAAAUCUAAACAAUAAAAAUUUGUAAGAUGACAAAACACAAAAAAGUAAAAAAAAAAAAAAAAAAAAAGACAAAAAAGAGAGAGGGAGAGAGAGAUAUUGUUCAUGAACCACAGACCACCUCAAACCAGAAAUACCUCAAAUUUUUCUAUGUGUAUGACUUGUGUUAUGUAUUCAGUUAGCUGUAUUGACUUGUAGUGAGUAUAUUUUGAUUUAAGUUGGCUUUUAAGAUUAGGGAGUUUUGGAAAAAUACAUAAAAAAAAAUUGUCCAAAAUCUUUUAAGAAGUGCUACCACAUUAUGGUGUAUAAAUAGAAAAACCCAUGUAAAUAGCUGUAAACAGAUGUAGAAUUCUGCCUAUCUUUGAGACCAGGGCAUUAAUCCCUUAAUUUGUGCCGGCUGUUCUGUUCUUUUUAACUCUCCUUUUCUUUCUCUGUCACUCAAAGGGACAUUGAACCUUUAAUAUCGGAUUAUAUGAACCUUUAUAGGAUGCUCUUCUCUUCUCGUGUCCGAUACGUACUGGAUUUGACAUUUGGAAAUUAACUUUGAAGUUUUUUCCUUUUAGAAUAAACUACAUAUAAACUAGCGCGCAUCUGAAGUGACACAUUGUCGCUCGCUUCACCUCACCAAAUUAUCUCUUUCCAAAUUGAAACCAAAAUUUUGCUGGCUUUUAUCGGGCACGCCGUACUGAUGUUGUUAUACAGCUAGUCAUGUUAUAAGCUUUCUUUCAGGGCAUGUAAUUAAACAAACAAACAAACAAAAAAAAGAGUAAAAAAGGUUUGGUGUCCCUCUGUUUUCCUCACUCUUCCUCAUGAGGCUGUGCAGCGGUUGCUUCGUGUUUCUUUCUAUGUCCUGACCAGAGCUUUAAGUUAUUUUUUACAAAUUUUUAUUAUUAUUCAUGGUGCCAUAUAACUUCUCCGGGAUAUUCACCUUCCAUCUGCAGUGCUGGAUGUGGGUAGAAUCAGGCCUGUGUGCGUGUGUGUGUGUGUGUGCGAAUGUGAGUGCGUGCUGAAGCUGGACUGAAGCUUCCAGGGUGGCCUGUGAUCACAGGGAAUAUUUUGAGGCCAUCUUUGCACUCAUGAACUCAGUGUAGGGUUUUUUUUUUUUCCUAUUUUUUUCCCUCCAUCCCCCCCAGUGCUAAAGAUAAAUGAACCAGGACCAGUUUUCAAAUAAUAUCAAAUACUUGUUGCCAAACCAGUUAGAAAUGUGUGAAUCCCAAAACUCGAAUCUCUAAUAAUCUUUACUUUACAUUUAGUCUGUUAAAUACCUUUUUAAAGAAGAUUGAUCGAUCGAUCGAUUGAUUGAUUUCCCCAAAGCUUCCACUGACUUUCAUGCCUUUUUUUUUUUUUUUUUUUACCACAGUUCAAUUGUUGUGUGUGCGUGUGUAUGCGAGCUCGGACAAUGUAGCAAGCAAUAUCCACAGCAAUAGCGUAGCAUUCUCUUUGAAGGGAUUAAACCUCUGGGCGACAUGAUCGAUCCCCAGGUACUAUACCAAAUCAUUGUCCUUAUAGUUGACCUUAGGCUGCUGUUGUGUGAUAAUGUACACGUUCCCAUCUUUCAAAUAUUUUUUUUUUUUUUUUUUUUUUUUAAUAAUACUAAUAUGUAGUCACGUAUUUUCUUUUUAAAAAUUGCAAGAUGGUAACCAAAGUUUUGUUUUAAUUAGUGUCUGUGGAACAGGUAAUGCCUCAUGUCUACUGAUCUAGAUAUACAUUUUUUAUAUAUAUAUAUAUAUUGUGUUGUCCAUUUGAGGAAUCUGGUGUUAAGGUGAUAUUACGUUCAAACUCCUUAUUAUUGUUAUUUUUUACAUUUUAAAAAAAGCUCUAAAUCAGGAUAAACACUAUGAUCAACAUCAUGGAUCACUGAUGCAAUACAACACCUCAUCUAUUAAUUUCCAGGCACUUAAGGGGGCGUUCUUGAGUAUUUCCUAAGAUGUUAUCAUGAUGUUUUUUGUGCCAAUUGCGUGACCGUUGCGUUCCCUGUAAUUCAUGUCACUUUAUGCCAGGUAUGUAUUUCCGUUUAUACAUUUUGGGUUUGAAAAGUGCUUGAUUUUAGCUUGUCUCUUUUACAGUAGGCACGGUUCUCUAGAAAAAUGGUUCACUGGUUCAUAUUACAAAGAUGGCCUCAUGGAAAGCUAGAUCAUUUCUAAAUUCAGGAACGUUACAAACCUCUCAUUUUCAGGGGUGUUCUGAUGUGCCUGUGUUAUUUUGCUGAAGCAGCCGCUGUUUUCUCUCUCGUCUUUAUCUCUGUCGCUCUCUCUGCCUCCCUGUUCCUCCCUCUCCACUUUGGUUGUAAUACUUUUCAGUAAAAUAGUAUCUAUAUAUACUGUAUAUGAUAUCAAAAUCUCUAAAAACGUGACCAGCUGUAACUCUGGAUGCAGUCUUAGAUCCAGGUUUUCAGGAACCGAUUACCUCAGAGCUCAUGUGAAUCAGUGUUGCUAGCUGGAUAGUUGUUGACAGAGAAAAUUUACACUAUUGUGUAACACACA